AUGUCGAUGCCUGAGAGUAACUGUGCUGGCAACCUUCCUGCUCCUACUACAGUGGUAUCUCUUUGCGUCUCAACGUCUCCUCAAGCUAGGGCAAAGAGGAAAAUUGCUGCCCUCGUGGAAGAGGUCGAAAAUUUGAAGCAGGAGAAAGCGAUAAAACAAAGAAAAACAACCUACUAUGUUUCCCAGGGACGAGCACUUCGUAGGAUGGUUGUUCUUUACUGCCCAUUAGAAGAUCUGGUUGCCGAGAAUGACCGGCGUUGCAAAGACUCAGACGGCGACCACACAAUCGAACAAAACUGCCUUCAGCGCGGCUACAUUGAACUCAGUAAGACAUUGCCAUGGUUCCAUGAAAAGCUUGCAAGUCUUGAUUUCGAAGAGUCGGAGGAUAUGCUCAAACAGCUCAAGCGAGGAGCUGAUUCAGCUCGUGGUGACGACACGGGAACUCUCAAAGAGCUCGUGGCCUCAUGGGUUAACAUUGAGUGUCGUCCGCCUUCGUUUCUAAGAGCAGACGAUAAGCACCAUCGAGGUUUCGUGAACGAUGCAUGCGGUAAGCUACUCUGCCCAGCGGAAUGGUGCUGGGAGGAUCCAGUCGUCAGGGCCGGAAUUCGUGACCGUACCACCGCUUUUAUCGUUUCCGAAAAUUCAUGGCCUAUGUUCAUGUAUGAAAAUUAUGAAGCCGAUGCGAAGAAUCUGGAGCGUGGUCUCUUCAAGUCCAAGCUAUUAGUCAUGGGCUUCAAAGCCAUUUUCACAUCUCCCUCCUCGGCCAAUGAAGUUGAUGGCGAUGGCGAUGGCAUUGAUAUCAUUGAGAAUCACCGACGUGCCCGGAGACGAUCAGAUCACGCUAAAGUGAAAACAUGUGUUGCCUCCAUCAUAGGUAUGAGGAAGGUAACUCCUCGCGCGAUCGCAUAUGCAGCUUGCCAGAUCCGAUUCGCGCUGUCCAACAUCACUUCCUGGCGCACUGUUGAUGGCGACUUCGACUAUCAACUUUUUUGGAACAACAUUGUAGACUUCUUCGAGGAUCCUCCAGGUCCAGCUGCGCUAGCGAGGGUGAACAAGCUUCUCGAAUGGUGGACCAGAAAAGUGUUCGGACGAAAUCAUCGUCAGGACUUAACACCGGAUGUUAUUCUUCACAUCUCUGUCAACAGUCUCGCUUCCCAGAGACAGCAAAUGGAGGACGCCGCAUUCGACUCCAACUAG